AUGUUUCGUUAAGUAAGAGGUGCAUUAGAUGCUAAUCAUGCAGCUGUCAAACCUGGGUAACAAAAGAUGAAAUUAACAAAAUAGUUGAUAAAUAAAUUAUCGAUAAUGAUAUCCAUCACUUUGGUGAAGUCAGUGAAUCAUCAAAGUUUCUUGUUGAAAUAGCAUACACUUGUUUGCAGAAAGCAAUACAAAUUUGCAAACCAGGUACUAUAAAUAGAGAUAUUGGUAAUAUUAUUGAAAAAUACAUCACUGAAAAUGGAUAGUCUAUAAAUCGUAAAAAUUUUAGUUAUGGAGUUGGCUAACUUUUUCAUUGUGCUCCAACGUAAAUGAAAUUUAAUAAACUAGAUAUAAUACAUUAUGAGAAGAACAAGGCCCCUGGAUGUAUGAAACAUGGACAUACAUUUACUAUAGAACCUAUAAUCAAUUAAGGUAAUUCUUUGGACUUUCGAUAAUUGGACGGCUGUAUUUAUUUUAAUAAAUAAUUAGGUUACUGCCAACCAUAACUUGAGCAGAGUAUUUUAAUAACAGAGGGAGGAAGUGAAGUCUUGGCAGCAAGAUUACCAGCCUCGCUACCCUUAGACUUUAAUAUAUGA